AUGUCUUUGAAAGAUCGCCUUCAAGCAUACAAAUACAAUGAAGAUGGCAAUAUCGAUUUCAAGCCCGAGAAAGUUGCAAAGCCAAAGGCUCUGAAGAGCAAGAAGGCACAAUCUAAGGAACUGACUACCGCUCUUCUUGAUCUCCCUCCCUCGAUCGCACCGGGAAUCACAGUGGUGUUCGUGGGGUUCAACCCUGGAGUGGAAUCUUCGAAACAACAGCACCAUUACGCUCACUUUACGAACCUCUUUUGGAAGCUUUUCAAUGCUUCGGAUCUACUAAGAAAAGUCUUGACUCGUCGUGAUAUAUACAUUGAAGAUCAUGGUUUGCUCAAAGAGCUCUACGGCAACGACGCAAAAAUAUGUACAGCUGCUGCCCGGCACGACAACGAUUUGCUAGAAUAUGGCAUUGGGUUCACUGACCUUGUGCUACGCUGCACCAAAACGGCUCAGGAACUCAGCAAGGCGGAGAAGAUAGCCAACGUACCUCGAUUGAUGCUGGAAUUCAACGAGUCCAAGGCACCAUUCGUAGUAUUUAUCGGCAAGGGGAUUUGGGAAAUCGUGGUGCAGUUUCUUAUACCUGGGUACAAGCUUACCAAAGCCAAUUUCGCAUGGGGAAAGCAAGAGGCCUCCACAACGCUUAUCCAAGCUUUUCAUAAGCGCUGCCCCGAGAAACCCUCAGUGUAUGUAUUUCCAAAUACCUCUGGAUUGGUGGCUCUGAUGAAAUUCCCCGAGAAGCUUGCUCUUUGGAAUGCCCUUGUGGAUGAGAUAUAA